UUUUCAUCUUCUUUCGCCCCCUUUUUUUCAUUUCUUUUUAUUUUUCUGCGUUUAUUUCUGGAAAUUGCCCUAAAAUCCUCUGCAACCAUUCUCUCUUUAGUUGUACAACUGCUGCAGCAAGUUACAGUCAUAUUAAUGGAUGAUACCUCCACGAGGAUAAAGUUUAUUCCAGAUCACUUUCAAGUUUCAGCUUCCGAUUCGGACUGUUCUGAAAAUAGGACCCCAUCCCCAUCUAUAGAACAACCAAGAGUACACGAUUCAUCGAGGUCACAUGACCAUUCUUGGACUCGGCGAAAACUAAGAAGUGCUGCAUUCAUGUUGAACUUGCUUAGCCUUCGGCGACUGUCGUGGGGUUCAAGCAGUGAUGGUCAAGAAAAGGUUGUGCUGACUGCCGUGGAAGUAGCGACAUUGCGGUCUGAGAUUGCUGAUCUUGAAGAGCGGGAAGCUCACCUAAAAGCUCAGUUGGAACACAUUGAUGAACUUUUGCGGUCUGCUCGUUUAUCGGGCUAUUUGUACAUUCGAACUAGGUGGGAAGCCCUACCAGGAGAACCUCCACCUAUUGAUGAUACCGACGUCGAUGAUUGGCUUCCCCGUUUUGUUGUCCUACAUGGAAAAUGUAUAUAUUUCUACUUAUCAUCUACAGAUAUUAGCCCUCAGGAUUCCACCCUUCUAGCGGACAUUGUUGAAGUGGGUUCUCUGCCGAGCAUUACACGCGAAGAUGAAGAUGAAAGAUAUGCAUUCUACAUUUCAACUCGUCAGGGGCUGCGUUAUGAAUGCUCUAGUAUUUCUAAGAUUCAGGUGGACUCUUGGUUAUUGGCUUUGCAGAGUGAUUGCAAGAUCGGAUGUGGAAAUGAAGAAACUUCUAGUUCAAAUAAUAGAAGUAUUAAUGUGUAGUAGUUGAGGAGUCACCCAUUUUUAGCAGAAAGUUGUACAGAAAACUCUCUUUUUCUUCUUUUUUUUUCCUCCCCAUUUCUUUUUGUACAUAAUAUUGUUUCAAAUGAAUUUGGAAUUUAUCCUAAAUUUAAACGAUUAUAAGAUUUGGAGGAUUUAGUAUACA